CGCGCCGCGCCGCGCGAGAGGCGGGGCCGAGAGAAGCCGAAAGGGCGCGGCGCGGCAUGGAGGGCCGGCUGCCCUACGAUGAUUUCCCGGUGGUCUUCCUGCCGCCCUACGAGAGCCCGCCCGCGUGGGUGCCGCCGCACGAGAGGGUUUAUCACCCCGACUACAACAACGAGCUCACCCAGUUCCUGCCCCGCACCGUCGUACUCAAGAAGCCGCCCGGGGCGCAGCUGGGCUUCAACAUUCGAGGAGGAAAGGCCUCACAGCUGGGGAUCUUCAUCUCAAAGGUGAUCCCUGACUCAGAUGCACACAGAGCUGGGCUGCAGGAAGGAGAUCAGGUGCUGUCUGUAAAUGACGUGGAUUUCCAGGACAUUGAGCACAGCAAGGCUGUGGAGAUCCUGAAGACAGCCCGUGAAAUCACCAUGCGUGUGCGUUACUUCCCUUACAAUUACCAGCGACAGAAAGAAAGAACUGUUCACUAGUAGGCAGCUGUCUGUGGCGUCCUCUCUGGAGGAACUGUCCUGCAAGAAACUCUACACUACCUUUCCUCAACAUCUGAGAUGACUAUUAAGUUUCAGUUGUCACUGGAGGCACAACUGCACAGGCGCCAGCUCUGCUUCCUGCUUGAAGGAACACCACAGUCUAUUUAGCUGGAAGAUGGAUGGGGCUUCUGUCUGUUCUGGAGCUGGAUGAUGAAACAAGUUGGCAGUGCAGGCAUGAAAUUGGGUACCGGGGGGGGCAGCUUGUCCUGCCAGACCUGUGCUUCUGUUCUAGUAGGAUACAACUUAAAAGGAAUGCACUGCUGGUUCUGGAUCUAGCCCCUGUUGCUAGGAUGUGACUCCAGAAGUGCCUGAGUGCACUUCAGCAGAGCGUGGCCUUCUCUAAGAGAUCAACCUGUUCACUUCUCUGGUGACAUGAAGUCCUUUCCUUCUCCACUGUUCUACCUCUGCUCUACACUACUGGGUUUGCUUGGUACUCAAACAAGAGUAAAAUCCAGUCAAACUCAAUGCACAACUCUAGCUGCACUAGUCUGCUGAGGCACGUGCGUUCCUUGUUGCUGCUUAUCCACCCCUGAGAUACAGGAUCAGGAUGCUUGGAGCAUGUUUCUAAACUGCAGUAGCACAUAGUCAGGUUCCCUCACAUGCAGUGCUUGCACUGUUAAAGUCUCACUUGCUGAACUUGCUUCCUUCACUUGGCACAGCCCCAUACCUUUCAGGUGCUCCCCUGGAGCUCCCUGCCACUUUGAGGUAAACUUCUCCCUUUUCCUCUGCCUUGGGUACGUUCUCUCCUGCUGGGACAAUUCACUCUCCUGCUGCUGAAAUGGUGAUAUGGUAGCUGUUCUACUGAGAAAGCGGACAAAACCUGCUGUGCCUUGUGCUGGGAGGGCACAGAUGAAAACACUACAGUUUAUCAGCAAAGGUGGGCACAAAUGGAGGAUAGUAUCAUACUGUAAAUGGUUUUAGGACAGUCCUUGCUCUGGCUUUCUACACGGUGUUUUCCACUUACUGUAAUAACUGAAAUAAUAAAACUGGUACAGCAACCAGA